AUGGACGCCGACGACAUGGACGUCGACGACAUCGACUCCCCCGCCUCCGCCACCGGAUCCCUCUCCGCCUUCCUCUCCGAGCUCGCCACCCUCCACCGCCGCUCCUCCUCAUCCUCCUCCUCCGCCACAUCCCCGCCCCUGUCCCUCCCCUCCCUCACCCUCCUCUCCUCCGCGGCCGUCUCCGCCUCCCUCUUCCCCCGCCUCGCCGCCGCCGGCCUCCCGGCCUCCUCCCUCCUCGCGCCGCUCACCUCCUCCUUCUCCACCCACCCCGCACCCGCCGCCGCCGCCUACCUCCGCCUCCUGCUAGCCCCCGCCUCCCCGUUCCUCUCCCUCUUUUCCCCACUCCCCUUCCUCUCCUUCCUCCUCGCCCUCCGCAAGGCGCUUUCCUCCUCCGCCGCCGACGCCCCAAACCCUAACUCCAGCUCAGGCCACGGCAACCCCCGCAAGCGCAAGAACCAGCGCCAGCAGGCAACCCCGCGGUCCCCGUCCUUUCUCCCGGAGGCACUCCCCCUGCUCGCCGAUGCCGCGGGGAGGCUGCCUCUCGGGGAGCACCCGGACGCGCGGAGGUCGCUCAUCGACACCGCCACCGAGCUCGCGGCCUUCAAUGUCCUCGCCGCCGUCCUCGGAUCCAACCGCAACGCCGAGGCAUUGCAGGACGUGAUACGCGCGCUGCUCCCGGUGGCGCUCUCGGGUGCGAAAUCGGCUGCGCGGGCCGCCGCCGUGGAGUUCCUGGUAAGGAAGGUUGUGCCUCUGGGUGAUGAGGAGGGGGUCAGGAAACUGGUGGAGUACCUGCCGAGGUUGCUGGCCAUGAAGGCGCCAGAGAAGACGGAGGCGAGGGGGCUGGCGGUCGAGGCGAUAGUCGAGGUGGUGCAGGCAUUGCAGCCGCAUGAAAGGGAGGGAUUCACUGCGUUUGUGGUGACCAUGGCCAAGGGGAAGGCAAAGGGGCGGCUCUUUGCGGUGGACAUGGUCCUGGCGAUGCUGCCGGUGCUGCUGCCAUCGGAAAUGGAGGAAUCUAGUCUGGGAGAGGACUCCUGGGGGCUAAAGUGUGUCCGCGUGCUGGUGGAGAGGUGUUCCGAUACCGUCGGAGGGGUCCGGGCUCGGGCAUUGACGAAUGCAGCCCAGGCGCUUGACAUGCUGUCUGAAAGAGGCGUGGAGGUCGCUCGGUUGCAGGAGGUAAUGACGAUCGGGAACAUGGAUCUCGGGGAGCUGUUGAGGCGGCGGUGCAUUGAUGAUAAGGCUGCUGUGAGGAAGGCUGCGCUUGUGCUCAUCACCAAGGCGAUUGGUUUGAUCGGCAGGCCUGUCGACGAGUCGCUACUUAGUGCAAUGGGGGCUGCGUGCUCUGAUCCGCUGGUCAGCAUUCGCAAGGCGGCUCUUGCAGCCAUCUCAGAGGUGUUCCGGAAAUUCCCUGAUGAGAGAGUGACGAAAGAGUGGCUUCAAGCUGUGCCAUCGCUGGUGAUCGAUAGCGAGACCAGUAUCCAAGAGGAAUGCGAGAACUUGUUUCUUGAGCUGGUUCUGAACAGGGUCUGCAAAGCUGCCAAUUUGCACCUGGGUGACGACUCCGUCAACUUGGAGGAGGUGUUCCCGGAAGGGACACUCGAUUUGCUGAAAAGCAUAUGCGACGGAGAGGUUGCUCCAUGCAUAAAAAGGAUAUGUGCAAGCCUCGGGAAGAAGAAAAAGCUGAGACCACUGCUUGCUACUUCACUCCAGAAUAUCGUGACAAUAUCUGAAUCCUUGUGGCUCAGAAGCUCUAAGCCAAUUGAGAAAUGGACUGCACCAGCCGGGGCUUGGUGGCUUCUUUCUGAGAUCUCCUCAUUUGCACCUAAAUCAGUUAACUGGAAGUUCCUCUCCCACCACUGGAAACUCCUUGAUAAUGUUGGCCAAGAAGACACGGGUAAAGCUUCUUCUGAAGGGGAUCCAAAUUCUGCGCUCUGGGCUUUGGAUCGUGUUUCACUCCUGCAAACUAUUUCGAAUGUCUCCAUGGAGCUACCCGUGGAGCCUGCAGCAGAACUGGCACACAGCUUGCUCACACGGAUUGAGAAUUUUGAUAUGAACCUGAGUGAGGUCGAUGCCCAUGUAAAAUCACUGAAAACUUUAUGUAAACGGAAAGCUAAGACGGCUAAGGAAGGUGAAGAACUAAUAAUGAAGUGGGUCCAGCAACUUAUCAAUAAAGCAGUUGCUAAUCUGGACAGCUACAUAAAAGGAACAUCACAAGAUUCCAGGGGUUGUAGCUUCUUUACACCUCCGACUGGCAAACUCAAGGGAAGAAAAGGCGCAUCCACAUCAAAAGCGAUGUCAGAAGCUGUUAUUUCUGUCUUCACCGUUGGAUCACUGAUCCUAGCUUGCCCUGAUGCUAGUGUGCAAGGCAUCAUCCCUUUGCUGCACACAAUUAUAACCUCUGGAAACUCUGAGCCAAGGCCAAAAAACCUUGCUGGUGGAGAUGUUUCUUUCAAAGAGCUAGCUCCAUCUUUGUAUAUACAGUCAUGGGACACAAUGGCAAAACUAUGCCUGGUAGAUGACAAAUUAGCAAAACGCUAUAUUCCACUUUUUGUUCAGGAGCUUGAGCGGAGUGAUUUGGCUACCCUUCGGAAUAAUAUCAUGAUUGCCAUGGCUGACUUCUAUGUCCGCUAUACCGCACUAGUCGACUGUUAUAUGUCAAAAAUAACAAAAUCACUGCGUGAUCCCUGUGAAGUCGUACGGAGACAAACAUUUGUCCUACUCGCGAAGUUGCUGCAGAGGGAUUACGUAAAAUGGAGAGGAGUAGUUUUCCUUCGGUUUCUGCCAUCUUUAGUUGAUGAAUCAGAGAAGAUAAGGCAUUUGGCUGACUACCUCUUUGGGAGCAUCUUAAAAGCUAAAGCGCCACUUCUUGCAUAUAACAGUUUCAUAGAAGCUAUCUACGUCCUAAACGAUUAUACAGGUCACGGUGGUGGAUUUAGUGAGUCCCAAGGCUCUCAAAGUUCUCAAGGUUCUCAAGGUUCUGUCCGAGGAUCAACCCUUUUUGCUAUAGGAGGAACUGAUGAAAGAUCAAGGUCAAAAAGAAUGCACAUAUAUGUGUCCCUGUUGAAACAGAUGGCCCCAGAGCACCUUCUAGCUACAUCAGCCAAGUUAUGUGCCGAGAUCUUAGCAGGUGCUUGUGAUGGCUUGCUUAGCGUUGAUGAUGCAGCUGGAAGGGCUGUGCUUCAGGAUGCUCUGCAAAUACUGGCUUGCAAGGAGAUGCGCAUCCAUCCGAGCAUCUGCACAGACAACUCCGAGAUGGAUGAUGAAGGCGGAGACAGCGGGACAGCAAGCGCCCUCAACGCGGCCAAAGGAAGGGCGGUGACCCAGGUGGCGAAGAAGAACCUGAUCCAGAUCGCGAUCCCGAUAUUCAUCGAGCUGAAGCGGCUGCUGGAGAGCAAGAACAGCCCUCUCACAGGGUGCCUGAUGGAGUGCCUUCGGGCGCUGCUCAAGGACUACAAGAAUGAGAUUGAUGAGAUCCUGGUGGCGGAUAAGCAGCUCCAGAGGGAGCUCCUCUACGACAUGCACAAGUUCGAGGCUGGGAAGGGGAAGUUGUCCAAGGAAGCAGCAGAGGCUGGUCCCAGCGGGAGCUCCCCGGGUCCAGGGCAGGGCGAUGUGGCCGCGAAGGCCACGGUGCGGUCGGUCCUCAAGGAGAUGAACCGAAACGUGCCGACGCCACCACUGCACACAAUGAGCGUGCCCAAGAUGAAGUCAGUGCUGGGGCCUGGAGGGCUGAGUGCCUCGCGCCGUCCGGCUGCUGUUCUGGAGUCAGUGAGGCGGCUCGAGCCAUUUGGGUCAGACGAUGAGAACUAACACAUGCUCACCUGAUGGUAGCUAACUUGGGUUGGUUGUUCUGACGGUCAGCUUAGGGUAGUUCAUUCAUGAUGCUGAUGGACUGAUUUUACUAGGCUGCUCAUCUUCUCAAUGAGUUUCUUUGUUCUUGACCGAUCUUUUAGAUGCGUUCAAUUUAGUAUUUGAAUUGUAUCGAGAAAGCUUAAAUGAUGGCAACGCUAUUUCUGCCUUCUUGCAAGCUAAUGUUACAGAGACAACUGAAAUAAAUGUGUG